CAUUUAGUCAAUUCCCUGUCUUGCUCUCACGCCUCUCAGCUCUCUUUUUUCACUCUAACCCUAAAAACUAUACACAACUCUUCCUCCACCUCCACUGUCGCUGCCGCACUCCCGCACCACGCCACCGCCGGCUGCUGCCUGGUGCUUUGAGCCUUUGACGUUGUCGCCUUGUCGGUGCUGCACUGCUGCUGUGGGUUGUUCGAAUCGAACACAGACACAGUCGAACUCGAAGGUUGACAAACCCUAAUCCUUAAAAAUCGAAAUUUUUGAUUUAGUUUAAGAAUUCAAAAAUCAAAAUAAUGAAGAGAAAACAAGAGAAUAUUGCUUUUAUUUUUGCAAAACAUAUUAGAAAAGAAAGUGGGAAAAAGUUUAAUCCAACUCAACAAAGUCAAGCACAAGCACAGGCACAAUCAAAUAAUCCUACUCCUGCUCUAUCAUCUAUUCCUUCUUCUCAAGAUAAAGAGAAAGAAAGUGAAACUAUUGAAACUAAUACAAAUUUCAAAUCCCCAACCCCAACAUAUGAAGAAAGAUUAACUUCCAUUGAUGUUUUGAAUCUUCCUCAAGACCUCGGAAAAAGGAGAAGAGUGUCUCAAUUUCACCCAAGUGACCGCGAUAUUGUUAGAAGAGAAUAUUGUUCAAGAGAUCUUUGUCAACCUUAUAAACAUGAAUUUAAAUUGACAAAGUUUUGGGAUAAAAAACUGUAGAUUUAAUCCAAAAUGGUUUGAUAAAUACAAAACAUGGCUCACCUAAACGAAAAGAGUUUCUUCGUGAAAAACAAAUAUCUUGUAUUGCUGAGGCAUUGUCAUUAGGUGAUAUUGAGUCAGGAAGUGGUUUGAAUCAAGAGUUUGGCUUAAUUCGACUAGGUGAUACUCGUUGGAGCACUUACUUUAAAUGCAUUAAAAACGUGCGUGGUUUGUUUUGACCAAUCUUGGAGUCCCUUGAAGCCAUUGCAGUUGCUCAUGAGGCUGAUAGGACAAAGGCAUAUUCAAUCAUAGGUAUGUUGAUGUCAUUUGAUUUCAUUUUUAUAGUACAUUUGAUGGGAACUAUAUUUGGAUUGACGAAUUCAUUGAAUGUGAGCUUGCAAAAAAUGGAUCAAGAUAUAGUUCUUGCAAUGAGUUUGGUUGAUGGAACAAAAAAGGAUUUGCAAGAACUACGAGAUAAUGGUUGGGAAAAUCACUUGAAUAAAGUUAUUUCAUUCAUGACUGAGUAUGAUUGUGAUAUUCCCAAUAUGGUGGACUUGUAUUCUAGUCACAUUGGAGGUGGAAGGAGGAUGGUUCGUGGUAAAGCUCCUCGGGUGACAAAUCUUCAUCAUUAUCAAGUUGAAGUUUUUCUAAGUGUGAUUGAUCUACAAUUACAAGAACUUGACAAUCGAUUUAAUGAGAAAACAAAAGAUUUGCUUAUUUGUAUGGCUUGUUUUAGUCAUAGUGAUGGAUUCUCAUCUUUUGAUACAAAACAAUUGUUGAACCUUGCUAAAUUUUAUCCAAAUGAGUUUCCAAAUGAAGAUUUGAUAUUCUUUGAGGAAUCGCUUAUAAGUUACAUUGGUGAUGUUAGAAAUGACGAGCGAUUCUUGGAUGUGAAGACUCUCAACGAACUUUCUUUAAAACUUGUUGAGACAAGGAAGCAUGAAACUCAUUCAGAUGUUUACAAGCUAUUGAAGCUUGUAUUGCUUCUUCCAGUGAUGACAACAAGUGUCGAAAGAUCAUUUUCCGGGAUGAAUCAUAUAAAAAGUAAAGUGCGAAACAGCAUGGGAGAACAGUUGUUGAAUGAUUGCAUGAUUUCUAUUUUAGAGAAGGAUUUGUUUCUCAAUGUUAGUAAUGAUGCUAUGGUACACUGAUUCCAAACUAUGAAAACUAGGCGAGAACAAUUGUAGUUUGUUCGUGACUUUAUUUUUCAUUUUGUUGGUCUACGUUUUAAUUUUAAAUUUGAACAUUUGUAGUUUGUUCGUUACCUUUUUAUAUUAAUUUGCUGUCGAAAUUUCGUCCAUUUGUUGGUGCCCCAGGGGACUUUAAACCCUGGAUUCGCCACUGUGUGUAUUUCGUUAAUUAGAUUUUUGUAAAGUCUUGAAUUUUUUUGUUUAUUUUCUUCUUCGAAUAACUGUUGAACAAUAGGAGAAAAAUUGUUGAAUGAUAGCUUAGUUACCUUUUUAGAGAAUAGAGAAGGAUUUGUUGAACAAUUAUGGUUUGUUUGUUCUUUUGCUACUUUGUAUUACAUUUUGUUGGACUUUGUUCAUUGUACAUUUGAACUUUGUUGUAUGAGCAUGAUGUUGAUUGAACUUCAUUAAACGUUUGGGUUGCCACCAUUUGAGGUGAUGAUGUAAAUUUAUAGCUUUUAUAUUAUUUUGACUUUGGUUUGGUUUUAUUGCGCUUAUACAUGUCAUGCAGAAAUAAACAGAAAUUAGUUGUGAAUUUUACAAACAAAACUCCACUGAAAUUUCGUCAUUUGUUGUUGCCCCUGAGAUUCUGAACCCUAGAUCCGCCACUGGUUGGGUGGGGCGACUCGAACAACUAGUGACCUUCUACUAUCUGUUAAGAUUUUUUUGUUGAUGCAACCCAACACAACCUAUUAAUAAGUUGCCCACCUUAGUCUUGACCCGUGCCAUACACUGUUAGUGCGGGGUAGUUAAAACAAUUAUGUGCAGAAGCUUGAAACAUCCAAAAAAUAGCUACUAAAAUUUUCGAGUUCAAAAAAACUCCUCAUUCUCAAUUGGAAAUGUUGUUUCUAUGUAUGCUUACAAUGUUUUUAUUAAAUAAUCAUGAAGCUUCUCCUAGAUACGAAGUACUUAUUCAAGUGAUCACGCACAAACAACUAUGGGGAUUGACUGCCUUGUGCUUGGUGCUGGGCAAGAAGUGGGGAAAAGCUGUGUUGUUGUGGAUAUCAAUGGCAAAAAGAUCAUGUUUGAUUGUGGGAUGCAUAUGGGUUAUAAUGACCACCACUGUUAUCCAGACUUUUCCCUCAUUUCCAAGUCUGGCGACUAUGAUCAUUCUCUGUCCUGUAUCAUCAUCACUCAUUUCCAUUUGGACCAUAUUGGAGCACUUCCAUACUUUACUGAAGUGUGUGGAUAUCAUGGACCUAUAUAUAUGACGCGUCCAACAAGGGCAUUUGCUCCUCUUAUGUUGGAGGAUUAUCACAAAAUUAUGGUUGAUCGAAUGGGUAAUGAAGAACAAUUUACUUCAGACCAUAUUAGAUCCUGUAUGGAGAAAGUUACAGUGGUGGAAUUGAAGCAGACUAUCCAGGUUGAUAAAGAUCUUGAAAUUCGUGCCUACUAUGCUGGCCAUGUUCUUGGUGCAGCGAUGUUCUAUGCAAGGGUGGGAGAUGCUGCAAUGGUCUAUACAGGGGAUUAUAACAUGACACCUGAUAGACACCUUGGUGCUGCUCAGAUAGAUCGUUUGCAAUUGGACCUUCUUAUAACCGAGUCAACUUACGCAACAACAAUCCGUGAUAUAAAAUAUGCUCGUGAAAAUGAAUUUCUCAAGGCUGUACAUAAAUGUGUUGAUAAAGGAGGAAAAGUGCUCAUUCCAACAUAUGCUCUAGGUAGAGCUCAGGAAAUCUGUUUAUUGUUGGAGGAUUAUUGGGAGCAAAGGAAGUUGAAGGUUCCAAUAUACUUCUCUGGAGGUUUAACCAUCCAGGCCAACAUGUAUUUCAAAAUGCUUAUCAAUUGGGCUAGUCAAAAGGUGAAAAAGGCAUAUGCUACUCGCAAUGUGUUUGAUUUUAAACAUGUUUGUAAUUUUGAUCGGUCUUUGAUACAUGCUCCUGGUCCUUGUGUUCUCUUUGCAACACCGGGGAUGAUAAUGGGUGGAUUUUCACUUGAGGUUUUCAAGCAUUGGGCAACCUCAGAAAAUAACCUUGUUGCUUUGCCUGGGUAUUGUGUAGCCGGAACUAUAGGGCAUAAAUUGAUGUCCGGGAAGCCUACAAAAAUUGAUUUGGAUCCAAAUACCCAAAUUGAUGUGCGAUGCCAGAUUCAUCAAUUGGCAUUUAGUGCUCACACAGACAGCAAAGGAAUAAUAGAUCUUGUGAAUUUUCUGGCACCGAAGCAUGUUAUGAUGGUUCAUGGCGAGAAGCCUAAAAUGGCCAUUCUGGGAAAGAGAAUUCAAGAUGAUCUCGGAAUUCCUUGUUAUUAUCCUGCAAAUAAUGAAACAUUGAGCAUUCCAACAAGACAAUAUGUGAGAGUAGAUGCUUCUUCUUCAUUCAUCAACAGCACUUUAUCACCAAACUUUAGCUUCAAAUACACUUCUUCAGAAGGUAGUGAAGACAAAACAUUGCCUAUACUAAAGAUCUGUGAUAACAGAAUUUCUGAAGGACUACUAAUUAUGGAAAGAAAUAAGAAAGGAAGGGUUGUUCACCAGGAUGAAUGGUCUCAUGAAAACACAGAAACAUGACCUUUGCUUGAUUUGGGAGUGCGUUAUCAUCAUCAUACCCAGUGUAUUCCGCUCAUAGGAACUAUGAGCAGGAUCUGGGGAGUAAAGGAAGACGAUACCUCAUAUACUCAUAACGGAGGAUGUUGCUCAAGAGUCUCUCGGCUGGUUUGAGAGUUCAUGUUCUGUAAAUAGUUUGGCAUUAUUUUUUUGAAAUAAAAAAUGAAAUCUAGAGUUUAGUAAAUAAUUUGCAGAGAGAUGACAGUUUUUAUUUUUUGAUAUUUGUUAGUUAUUUUUAUUGGAAUCAAAUUAGAUUAUAUAUUAUAGACUAAAUUAAGAUUCGACCCAACUAGAUCAUAAUAUUUAUGCGUCAUCGAUUCAUUUUACUAUUUAACUAUCAUUUAUAUUUGUUUACAAUUAUUUAAUUUUGUUGGAUUGCAUUGUAGUAAAAACUCGGGCAUGUAUGAGUAUCGAGGCGGGUGUAAUGUCAUAUAGUACAUAGAACGUAGGCUUGUGCCAUGUAUUCAUGGACGCAGACACACAGUCGGGUAUAGCCUCGACACGUCCUCCUCAAUAGUUCACUAUCAAGCGCCACAAUUCAGACGUUGCAACUCGUGCUAUGUGUUUGGUUUCUCUAAUAAGUUUUCCUCUGGAUUUCCUGCUUGUUCCCUGUACGUUUUUCGAAUGUAAAUGGCCUAGGGCUAUGUCAAGCUUCUUGUAAAUGAGAGGCUUUGUCAAUAUGUUGUAGUUUGUAUCACUUGUUAGUUGCCUUCUACAGAGGAGUUUGGCGUUAAAUCUCAUGUGAAAUGUGCACUGUGCAGUAAUGCUUGUGGGCUUCAGGUUGGCACCAUAUCUCAUGUGAUUCCGGAUUGGUGUUAAUGGCCAGGGGUGUUUAAAAAUAUCCGAUUCCGAAAACCCGCUUUCCGAUUUUGUAAAAGCGGAUAAAUUACCCGGUUUCCGAAAUUCGGAUAAUCCGGGUCGGGUACCCGGUUUUAAAACCGGGUAUUCGGGUUGGAUACGGAUUGCGAAUUUUGGAAAACCGGGUACCUGGUAUCCGGUUUUUUUUUUUUUUUUUUUUAAUAUAAAAGGACAAAAUGGAAAAUUCUAAAUCAGUUCUUCCUUCUUGCCGUCUUCAUUCCGUUUUCUUCCUCCUUCUUUCGUGCUGCGCUUGCACAUUCAAUCUUCAAUCUUUCUCAAUUUUUGCCGUCUUCUUCACUCUGCACUGAGACACCAUCUUGCUUCUUCAAUCUUCAGUUCUUGACGUCGUCAUCUUGCUUCUUCUUCACCGUUCAUGCCGUCAUCUUUAAUUG